AAGCAGUGAGUGCCUCUGUGUUAUUGGCACAUUUAACAGCUAUAGUGUGUCAGUUGUGAGAAGAGCUAGAAUUAGCGAAGAUGGCCGUUAACCUAAUAAAAAAUAAGGAUACUUUGGUUGCUGCUUGGAACAGCGUCGUUGACGACAAAUUCCCCACAAAUUGGGCUGUGUUCAGCUAUGAAGGACAAACAAAUAUUUUAAAAGUUGUUAGUACUGGAAAAGAUGGAUUAGAUGAAAUGAUAGAAGAAUUAAAUAGUGGCUUAAUAAUGUAUGCUUUCUGCCGUGUCAUUGAUAAAAAAACUUCUUUGCCAAAAUGCUUGCUUAUAAACUGGCAAGGGGAAGGAGCUCCGAUUGUACGAAAAGGAACUUGUGCUAAUCACAUCAGAGACAUUGAGAGGCUACUUAAGGGCGCCCACAUCACAAUUAAUGCUCGAUCAGAGGAAGAUGUUGAAGUCGACCUAAUUAUGGAAAAGCUGUCUCGAGCUACUGCCUCGUCUUAUAAAUUUAAUGAGCCUCGUGGUGAAAACGGAGAUCACGCGUCAGGACCCGUGGGAACCACAUAUCGCAGAGUAAUACCAACACAAGAGAUCAACGCAAGCGAACGCGAUCAGUUUUGGCAAAAAGAAGAAAUGGAGGAACAACAACGUUUGGAGCAGGAACGCAUCCGCCGUGAACGAAAUCGUAAGGAACUUGAAGAAGAGGCUAGAAAACGUGAAGAAGUCGAGAGCAAAUUAAGAGAAAUUAAGGUCACAGAAAAGGAGAACAUAGUUGCGCAACAGAGACAAGCUGAACAACGAGCUGAAGAGAUUAAUAACUUAAGAAAUCAAAACUUGGCUGCUAAAGAUAAAAAUAACGAUUCUGAGGACGAGCCGAAAUCUAGGAGUGAAGAGUUACGUAGAAUGAGAAGCAAGGAAGCCCAGCAGUUAAUUGCUCAGCGAACAAUUAAUGCUAGAGCGAUUUUUGAACAAAAUAGCAGUGCAGGACAGACUAGAGUGCCUUCAAAGCAACCUUUCAAGGGAAAUAACAAAAUAGAGGCGGCAAAAAAAGCAUUUGAACAAAAUCAAGUUGAACAAAAUAAGUCUAAGGAGCCAUUUAAAUUUGAAAACAAAAAAAAUAAUGAGAUUAAGUCUGAAAAAGUGUUGACAUCAGUGCUACAACCUACACCCCAGUUUGUACCACAAUCUCAGCCAUUUCAAAUGCAGCAGCAACCAUCUCAACCACCAGUUAAAACGCAGUCGCAAUUGCAACUACAGGCAUUAGAAGAGAAACAUGAUAUGUCAGCUAACUCAACAGAAGAACAGCAAACGCCUCAAAUAAUCCAGAGCUCAAUCAUUCAAAAUAAUCUCGGUGCCCACUACGACAGUAGGCCUAUUGAUGAGAUUCAACAAGUAGCCCACCUGCUGGAGUCUCAACCAUUACCACUAGAUCUUGAGGAGGCGGAAAACGAACUUUAUGGCCAACUCGAGUCUCAACAAUACUUAUACCUUGAUCCUAAUAAUCAAGGGAUGAAGGCAAAAGCUCUUUAUGAUUACCAAGCAGCUGAUGACACUGAAAUUACCUUUGAUCCUGGUGAUGUCAUUACGCACAUUGACGCGAUUGAUGAAGGUUGGUGGCAAGGCUUGGCACCCAAUGGAACUUAUGGACUCUUCCCGGCUAACCAUGUUGAAGUUAUUGACUAUGGCACAUGAUGCCAAAAAGUUAAGGAUGAUUUGUUUGAAAAAUUGUUGAUUUUCCGGUGGUAAAAUUAUACUAAAUAAGUAUUUUGGUUUAAUGAAAUUUUUUUACUGUCUUCGUGAUUUUGUGUGGUUUUUACGUUGUUAAGUUGUAAAAUUAUCAGAUCAUUUUCAAAUAUUUGCUAAUGUUUCGAAUCAAUUUACUUGACAAACAUUAAGAUAAUUUUUUUUGAAAUUUUACUUUUCAUUCAUAAAGUAAAUUUUGCAUAAAAGUGACCGUGGUAGGCUAAACUUUUCUACUAGACUUCCCAUUAAAUCAUAAUGUAUAUCAGUAAGAUCAAAAGUAUAUGCAGCUAAAAAAUUUAUAUGCAGUUAUAUCGAGUAAUAAAU